UAACACAACCUCCCAGUCAUAAAGAUGCUUCUUGUCUCUCAUCGCAUUAUCAAAACAUCAAUGUAAAAUUAAAAAAAAAAUAACAAAUGAUUCUCACCGUGUGCUCAGUGUAUAUAUUUAUUUCUGAGAUCCAAAACUGACGAUAGACUUGUCGGUUCUCUGUCUGAUGAUGAUCUGCGACAUGAUAGCAGAUGCAAAUGUGGAAGAAUGUGAUGCUCUGACGGUUAUCAUAGCCCCUUUAUAUAAAGGAAGAAGAAGAGCUUCUGGCUUCAAAGUCCUCUCUAGUCUAGAGCGAUUUGUGACUCGGAAAGUUUACCAAGACAAGGAAACUUCUGUCUUAAAAGAACAAUGGCUGCCAGCCACAUCCGCUCAAACAGUUUGCCUUCUAGCACUCACCCUCUAAGCAAUACUGUCGAGGAGCAGUUGCAAUGGUUGAGAUCCUGCGAAGCAACAUCUUCAUCCUCGUCCAUGUGCCAAAAGUUGGGAGGACUCAAGGAUCUUUAUGACAGCGUAGAUGAUUGGCUUCAGUUGUCCCUCGCACAACAGGUUCUGUCUAACCAGAACAACAGGCAAUGCAUAAAAGACUUGUUGGACGGGUCUUUGCAGACAUUGGAUGUUUGCGGAACCCUCCUUGAAGUCCUAACACAGAUGAAGGACAGCAUCCGAGAAUUGGAAUCUUCUCUUCGGAGGAGGACUGCCUCGGCUAAUGAACUCGACGCAUACAUUGCAUCAAGAAAAAAGAUGAAGAAAGUCAUCUGCAGGAUGAUGGAGAAUCUGAAAAAGAUAGAGAAGAAGCAAAAUAUCCUAAAGAAGGAAGACAAAGUCGAGCAAGAAGCUGCUCUUAGCAUGCUAAGAGAAGUCGGACAGAUCAGUCUCUCAGUGUUCGAGUCCCUCCUCUCCUUCCUUUGUAAGCCAAAGACGAGGUCCAAUGGUUGGUCUUUGGUUUCAAAAGUUGUAUCAUCUAAGCGCAUUUCCCGUGAAGCGCUAACCACUGCCAGUGAAGUAGAAGAGUUGGACACUGAAUUGCUCGUUCUGAAAUCGGGCAAAGACAAGAAUAUCCUAAUCCACAAUGUGCAGAAGCAUGUUCAAGCAUUAGAGUCGAGCAUCUGGGAAAUCGAGGAGGUCUCUGAAUGUGCUUUCAGGAGCUUACUGAAAACGAGAGUCGCUCUUCUAAACAAUCUCAACCACUAGUCAAUUUGUAAAUCAAAAGUUUUGUAGCUUGUACAGAAAAUCAUUGUAAAAACAAACAUGUUUGAUAUAAUUCUCUAUCCUGAGUUUUUUUUCCUGCCAUCUUUCAAUUUGUUUUCUGCUCGUUGACCUUCAGAAUAUUGCCUUGUGCGGUAACGGGACUGCCCUCAAUUAGCUUCUAUCAUCAAAAUCAGAUCUAAAGUAAACACUUACCCUCAUUGUUGU